AUGAAUGCGUUUGACGAUCUCAGGAGCCAAAUCUUUGCUUUGAACGGCGAGCUAGAGUCACUAGAAUAUAAUGCUGCGCGUGAUAAGUUCUCCAAGAUCCAGAAGUUUUUCGAUGAGCAUCUUUUGAGCGCCGAAGGUUUUGAGCAAAAGACAUCAAAUCGCGAACUGCAUGAUUUGCACAAGAAGAUUGAGAAGAAAAAGCCAAAGACAAAACUGUCCCUUCUGAAGAAGAAAAAAGCACCUCAGGCGUCCCAAUCAUUAGAUACAGUAAAAACGAGCCUAGAAAAGAAAAAAGAGCCAGAGACAAAGGUCGGCGAGCGAUCGAGUCUACACUCGUUAAAAGGAGAGACAAAAGUUUAUGAAUCAUCGAGGAACGAAGAUUUAGUAUUUCAAGAUUUUGAAGAUUGCACUCUUUCCGUCAAAGGAUCCGUUGGCUCGCUGAGAAUAGAAAAUAUGAAAAACUCGAAGAUCUUCCUCGAAGAUUCUGUUCUUGGUGCAGCCAUGGUUAGACGUUGCGAAAACUGCGAGUUUGAAAUCGCAAGCCGGCAAUUGCGAAUUCAAAACUGCAAAAAUACAGAUUUCAAAAUUGCUGUCUGCUCAAAGGUGGCUCUAGAAGAAUCUGACACUCUUGGAUUUGGCGUUCAUCCUCGCCUCGCGCAGGUGUCAAAAGAGAUGAAGGAAGAAAAUAUGGUCAUUCUUGAGAAUAGCCAUUUAGAAAUCAACGAUUUCGAAUGGCCAGACACGCACACGCCCUCGCCCAACUGGAAAGAAAUUUGA